CCUAUGAAUGGGGCAGAAGAAGAGACCCCACAGCACUGUCCACACUGCAGCAGACAUGGGAGACCUGGGCUUUAGCUUCCAGCCAUGGGACCCCCUGUGCCUGUCUCCCCCGGACCCCUCCAUCCUGGACACCUUCCAGCUCUCAGACAUGGACAAGGAGCUGGAGGUGGCAGAGGCUGACUCCAGUGUGGGGGACGCAAGGGGCAAACAGGGCAAGAAGAAGGCUUACCAGCGCUAUGCGAAACCCCCCUACUCCUACCUGGCCAUGAUAGCCCUGGUCAUCCAGGGAGCCCCCGACAAGAGACUCAAGCUGUCCGAGAUCCUGCAGGAAAUCAGCGUCAUGUUUCCGUUUUUUAAAGGGUCUUAUCAGGGCUGGAAGGAUUCCGUGCGACACAAUCUGUCGUCCAACGACUGCUUCCGGAAGGUCCUGAAAGACCCAUCGAAGCCUCAGGCCAAGGGUAACUACUGGACGGUGGACGUGACACGACUGCCCCUCGAUGCCCUGAAGCUGCAGAACACGGCUGUCACCCACCAGGGCAGUUUCCCCCAUGACCUCACUCAUUACAUCAUGAACGGGAUACCAUUCCGAUGCCCGUUGGAGCCAAAGGCCGAUAAUACCAGUACCAACGUCUCCGGCGUAGGGGAGGCCAAGGACGGGCGCACCGACCCGGCCGGCACAUUCCCUCUGGUUCUGUGGAAUCUGCCCACAUCUUACUCCAAAACCGUCCCGCCCAACAAGGUGGCCCCUCCGAGCAUCCACCCUUUGGCUCUCUAUCCAAACUUUGCAGCCAUUUGUCACGGUAAGAAGCAGCCGCCGGCCCUCAAGGGCCCCUCGUAUCCGGAAAAAAGGAAAAGGUCCAACGAAGAGUCGCAGAGACCGUCCCCGGCGAGACCGUUAGACAGCAAAAGAGCGUUCCUGGGGCUUCCUGCUCAUAAGACAGUCUGCAACGUGUACGGCUCUCACGCGGUGUACUGGCCCCACCAUAACACGUACGGUCAGCUGUGUUCCUCCGGGGUCACGCUACAGCCGUACCGGCCCAUGGUGAAAUAGGAGCCCCGGCUCGGGCUCCCGGGGGCUUCACAGAAGAGAUAAAUGCCUCCCGCCGCUUGUAUGUACGGGGACCCGUGACGCCUCCAUGUCCUAUGAAGCAUGAGCCGUGUUGUAUAUAUGUACUAUUUCUCAUAGAUGUUUUAUUAACUUUAUUUGCCCCCUAUAAAUAU